UGUUUUGAAAAAUGGCGGUGUUUUCGACGGGAAAGAGCAGUUGACAUGUUUUGAGAAAUGUUUGUAGGGAACGGAAAUACUGAGAUUUAUUGAAGGCAUCAAUGGUUUUACUCAAAAAUAAGCUCUCAAGACCAUGGAUCAUUCUGCUUUAUUCUUUAGAAAGCGCGCUCUUUUUUCAGCUCAUGCAUUGUAUACAGACUGCAGAUCCCAAAAGUCACUGCUCUAGACCCCUCUCCCGGAUUGUGAGGAAUCAGUUGACGGAGCAAUUCUAUAAUGUAUUCCAAGCUAAAAACCAAGAACCUCACAUAAAAUGUCCACUGCACUCAUCCAGAGAUUUAUACAGUGUUCAAGAGGGAAAUAAAAUAGAGGAGUAUGCCUCAAAAUGGGUGUGCAACUUAUGCGGCAAGGCUUUCUACGCUGAGCAUUAUCUUGACUUGCACUUUGAUAACAGACAUAGUGACAAGUUAGUAAAGGGUUCUACAGUGUGUCUAGCUGAUUUUUGUGACAUCUUCAGAUGUGAUGUGUUUGAAAACCAGAGAAAAGACAACUUUUGGAAAAAGAAACUCUGCAAAGAAAACAAACUAAUUGUUCGCAAAAAGAGAUGUGAGGCUUUAAUGCGAAGUUGCCUUCCUCAGGGAAAUCUAUCAGUUGAGGAAGAAUUCAAACUAUUUGAGGAGAUCAGUUCAAACACGUGUUCACUGUUAAACUGCAAGGACUACUGGGAGUUACCAUCCAACGAAAUUUCUCCAUGGAAAGUUGUCUUCUAUGCAGUAGUAACGCCGUUUUUCUUCAUGGCUCUUAUUGUUUAUUACUAUGCUAUUUGGGAUUACUAUUACGGCGAUUACCCGUUGUAUAGCAAUAUCGGGUCACGUGAGGAAGAGGAGAAUGUCUCCGGCGGUUACGGAUUGACGUCAACUCAUUUGCGGAAAAGAUAUGGAGGCCGCGCUCUAAUGUACUAGAGCAGCAAAAAGUAUUCAUAACUAUUCUAGAGCUGGUCUUAAUGCAAUGAGGUCACAGAGAGGAGUAACAUUUGAGCUUUGUUCCCUGGUUGAUCUAGCAAAACUGUUGCACUACUUUAGAAACUCUACUAGGAGCAAGACUCGUGACAAGGGCGUAGCCGAUGUGGGUCCUGCCAAUGAAUUGAAGAGAAUUCGCUCCUCUUCGAGUAAAAUUGAAGAGAAU